GCCUCUCUGAAUAUAUCAGAGCCAAAAAGAGUCUGGGAAGUGAAGAUGGGGAAGGUGUCAGCCAUCUUAGUGGGGCUUCUGCUCUUAUGCGUAUUGGGUGAAGCGGUACAGAAUCUAGAGAUAUACAAAGACCCAACACAGCCCAUUUAUAUGAGAAUCAAAGACCUGAUGGGAAGGAUGAGUCUAGCAGAGAAAAUAGGCCAAAUGACGCAGAUUGAUCGAUCAGUUGCUACCCCAGAGAUCAUGAAGGAAUUCUCAAUCGGCAGUUUACUUAGCGGCGGAGGCAGUGUGCCUCUACCUCAAGCCACCGCAGAAGACUGGAUUCACAUGGUGAACGACUUUCAAAAGGGCUCUCUUUCAAGCCGUCUGGGUAUUCCAAUGAUUUAUGGUAUAGACGCUGUUCAUGGCCAUAACAGCGUAUACAAGGCAACCAUAUUUCCCCACAAUGUGGGUCUUGGGGCUACCAGGGAUCCAGAGCUUGUGAAGAGGAUUGGCGCUGCGACUGCCCUUGAAGUUAGAGCUACUGGCAUUCAAUAUGCUUUUGCGCCAUGUAUUGCGGUCUGCAGAGAUCCAAGAUGGGGCCGGUGCUACGAGAGCUACAGUGAGGAUCCCAAAAUUGUCAAAGCAAUGACAACAAUUAUAACUGGGCUACAAGGCGAGAUCCCCACCAAUUCAAGGGCGGGCAUGCCUUAUGUUGGUGGAAAGAAUAAGGUAGCGGCUUGCGCAAAGCACUUUGUGGGUGAUGGGGGCACGACUCAUGGCAUCAAUGAGAACAACACCGUUAUUGAUUGGAAAGGAUUAAUGAAGAUUCACAUGCCUGCCUAUCACCCUUCCAUCGGGAGGGGUGUGGCUACAGUCAUGGUUUCCUACUCCAGCUGGAAUGGAAAGAAGAUGCAUGCUAACCACCAACUUAUCACUGGAUUCCUCAAAAACAACCUUAAAUUCAAGGGUUUUGUCAUCUCGGAUUGGGAGGGUAUUGACAGGAUCACCUCACCACCCCAUGCAAACUACACAUAUUCCGUUCAAGCUGGGAUACAAGCAGGCAUUGACAUGGUAAUGGUUCCUUUUAACCACAUUGAAUUCAUUGGUAUUCUGACCAAACUGGUGGAGAGCAAAGUCAUCCCCAUGAGCCGUAUCGAUGAUGCUGUCAGCAGGAUUUUGAGAGUCAAGUUUACCAUGGGUUUGUUUGAGAACCCAUUGGCUGAUCUCAGUUUAGUUGACCAGCUAGGGAGCCAGGCUCAUAGAGAUUUGGCAAGAGAAGCAGUUAGGAAGUCUAUGGUUCUUUUGAAGAAUGGAGAAACCGCAGAUGCUCCUUUGCUUCCCUUCCCUAAAAAGGCAGACAGGAUCCUAGUUGCGGGAACCCACGCCGACAAUUUGGGCUACCAAUGUGGUGGUUGGACUAUCACUUGGCAGGGACUUGAUGGAAACAACCACACCCAAGGAACAACCAUCCUAAGCGCCAUCUCAGCUGCCAUUGACCCAAGCACAGAACUGGUAUAUAGGGAGAAUCCUGAUGCUGAAUUCGUCAAGUCCGGCAACUUCUCCUACGCGAUCGUCGUUGUGGGAGAGCACCCUUAUGCAGAGACUGCAGGAGAUAAUUCCAACUUAACAAUUCCUGAACCAGGUCCUAGCACAAUCACUAACGUAUGUGGGGGCAUUAAGUGUGUAGUUGUAGUGAUCUCAGGCCGGCCUCUGGUGAUCCAGCCCUACCUUCCAUCCAUAAGUGCUCUUGUUGCUGCAUGGCUACCAGGCAGUGAAGGCCAAGGUGUGGCUGAUGUUCUAUUUGGAGACUAUGGAUUCACCGGGAAGCUUCCUCGGACGUGGUUCAAGACUGUAGAGCAACUGCCUAUGAAUUUUGACGAUGCCUAUUAUGACCCACUCUUCCCCCUUGGCUUUGGACUCACGACCGAGCCAGCUGCGGCAAGAUAGGGAUGGCUCAGACUGCUCAGUGCUUAAAACUGUGUAGCUAGCAUAUACUUGUUUUCUAGUUUUCUUCUCUUGGUUGGUAUUCGUUGGAUAGGAUAGACACUAGUAUAUUGGAAACUUGAGUUUGAUUUAGCGAUCUAAUUACUUUUAUUUUUUUU